AAUAAAUAAUAAAAAAUAAUCAAUCAUGUGGAUGUUUUUAGGGUUUUUAAUAAUUUUCAUUUAUAUAAUUCAAAAGAAUUAUAAUAGAAAACACAAUAAUUUUCUCGGUAAAGAAGUUCCAAAAAUUCCAUUUCUUCCUGUAGCAUGGUCCAUAUUAACUGGACCUCAUGUUGAGGUUUUAGAAACUAUACCUGAUGAAUAUUAUCAAUCAGGAAUUUAUAAGGCUCGUUUAGGGCCAAAUGAUUAUUAUACUAUCGUAAGUGCCGAUUUUGCAAGAAAAUUAUUAACUGAAUCAGAGGAUGUUGUUCCAAAAUACAAAUUUAGUAGCGAAUUACCUGUUCUUAAAUUUUAUGGAACAGGAAUUGUAUUCUCAAACGGAGAGCAAUGGCGUACCCAUAGAAAAUUAUCUAAUCCGGCAUUUAAUCGUGCAUUAUCCCCCAAAGUCAUGGGGGAUGUUGUAUUGGAAUCAUUUAAAUAUUUACGAAAAGAAAUUCAUCAACCAGUGGAUAUUUAUGAACUUUUGCAACGUAUAACAACCGAAGUUUUAGGUCAGGUUGCUUUUGGUUAUUCAUUUGGGACUUUAAAGUCCAAGGAAUUACCAGAUAUCGUCCGUAAAUAUAAAAUUAUUAUGACAAAUGUUGAGUCAUAUAUAUUAUACAUAUUCCCAUUCUUGAACAAAUUACCAACUAGAAAAAAUAAAAUAUUUAAUUCCGCCGUAAAAGAUUUUGAUAAAUUUGUAUUUGAAAUUAUCGACCUUAAAAGAAUCGAACUUGCCAAACGUAAAAAAUUAAAUGAAAAGAAAAAAUGUAAUAAUGAAGAAUUAUUGAUUAGUAUGUUGGAAGCAAGUGAACAAGAAAAUCUUAAUAUUGGAACCAAGGAUUUGAGGGAUAAUAUAAUUAAUUUUUUCAGUGCUGGCAACGAUACUACUUCGAUGUCAGUGAGUUCGUCAAUUUAUUAUCUCGCAAAAUAUCCACAUAUGCAAAAGAGAGCAAGAGAGGAAGUAAUUAGUAUAAUCGGCAACGAAUUGAAAAUACCGACGGCCGAUCAGCUAAAGGAAAUGAAAUACUUAAACGCUGUUAUAAAAGAAAGUUUACGUAGAUAUCCUGCCCCAAUGACCUAUAGGCAACUGCUGAAGCCUACACAAUUUGGCGAAUAUGUGCUUCCAGAAAACUCCAUAAUACGAGUAUCGAAUUUCGCAGUCCACCAUGAUCCUAAAUAUUGGGAUAACGCUUAUACAUUUGAUCCAGAAAGGUGGCUAACGAAUGAAAAGAGAAGCAAUCAAUAUUCUUAUAUUCCAUUUAGCGUCGGACCAAGAAAUUGCGUCGGUCAAAACUUCUCUAUAAUGGAACAAAGAAUUAUAAUUGCAAUGUUUUUGCUAAAAUAUGAAUGGAGUUUACCAAAAAACUCGAUACAUAAAGAUGAAUUAGUCCUCAGUAACGCAUUUCUAUUUAGACCCAAGAACCUUGAAAUUAAUAUUAAAGAAAGGAUUUAAUUGGAAGUUUUUUCUUUUUUAUUAGAUUAACCGCCAUAAUUAUUAUUUUCAUUAUUAUUAUAUAUAUUAGAUUUUUAUCAUUAGUUAGCUUAUCUGAUAUUACAAACUUUUGUAACAUACAGUAUUGUAUUUUUAUUUUGCAUUAAAAUUUCAUGGUUGAAAUCAUUUAAAUUCAUGUAUAGUUGGGGGUUGUAUAUCUAAUAUCUGCGCAAUGAUACAACGUAUGUUACAACGUUGUAUUAUCAUAUUAUAAUAAUACAAUAGCAUUUUUUUUUUUAACGUAUGAUUAAAGAAAAUUAACUUUGUGUAUUAGUUGAAACAUGCGUUACAACGUUGUAUUAUCGUAUUUGUAAUAAUAUAUCU